AUGUUAGCAAUUACAAGAAAUACGCAUCCAGUAGUAGGAAGGGAUAUAAAUAAGGCUUGUUUGACGCUUCUUUUAGGCAAGCGCCGAUAUUCUGGGCAAUAUCAAUACAAUAACCCUUAUCCCCAGUAUAAUCCGAGGCCCUCCUGGACUAAAAGAUUAUUUUAUACAUCUGUGGGUCUCCUGGUAGUAUUUGCUUAUGCUUAUUAUAUGUACUGGCCAAAACAUACUUUUCCAAGCUCUGUGGCUAAGAUUUUGAGGAAAGGUUUGUUAGCUGAAAGUGAUAAAGGAGAAAAUGACUAUCAACUUGCCUUGAAAUACUAUCUAGAAGCCAUAAAACACUGCAAUGAAAUAGGCAUGGAUAACCUAUCUGAUGAAUAUACAGGUAUUCAAUUGAAAGUUGCAGAAAUGUUCGAGAGAUUAGAUAUGAUAGAGGAUGCAGCAUUCGUUUAUAAUGAGAUCGCAACUCUAUAUUUGAAGGUCUUAACAGCAAAACCCGACUCUUUGGAUGGCAAGCGAGUUAAAAACUCAGAACACAGAGCCCAUCUAAUCCAAAAGGAUUUAAGAAUUGCUAUCAAGUUAGUUGAAAUGAAUGGAUCCAAUCCUCAACUAGCAAAGGCCAUAUUAAUGACUCAUUUGAUCAUCGCUCAGGAUGAGGUGCAGAAAAAAUUGGGACCAUUUGGGUCUUUGAAGGCAAUCACCCAACCAAUGACUGCUAAGGAUGGUACUAGUACCGAUUAUAAAGCUACGAUUGAUCAAACUUCAAUUGAAAUAAGUAGCAAUGGUGUCGUUACUACGAUGAACAAGAAUCCAAGUGCAUGGGAACCGUUUAGCGAUGAGUUCUUUAAUGCGAUGGAUUUGCUAACAGCCUUGUGUAUAUCAACUGGGGAUUUAAAUAUGGCCUCUAGGGUCAAAAUCUCUAUGACUGAAUGGAUGCUUUUGGCAGAUGUAGAGCCCCAUAAAAUUUUAUUGUCACAAUGCAACUUGGCGUCAUUAUUAUAUUUACAAGCGGAGCAAUACGAAGCCCAAGAAAUUGCUUUGAGGAGAAAGUUUAGUGAUUUAACUGGAAUCGAGUACAGCAGGAUCAAGAAUGAAACUAGUCUCAAUCAAAAUAAAGAAAUUAUAAACGAAUUAUUAGAAAAAGUGCCAGAAAGUGAUAAGGAAAGUUAUGAUCUUGCCGUCUUGAACAAGGAUAAGUGUAUUAACUUAUCCAUCAAGUCUUACGAGUCUGUAUUGGAAUUUGCUAAAAACUUGCCUCAGAAUACAUCAACAAAUAGUACAGUCAGCGAAACAGUUGCGUUGGCGACUUAUGGAUUAGGCGUAGUUCAACUUCAUUUAACCAAUUACGAAAAGGCUGAGAGAUUAUUGAGGGAGUCGAGGGUUCGAUCAAAAAGCUGCGGAUAUGACGAUUUGAUCGCUGAAAUAGAACGAGAAUUAUCUAAGUUAUUUAAAGAAAAGAAAUUGAGCGAGACCAGUAAAUCCGCUAGAGAUGAAGAGUUAGAAAAUGCUGAUAUAGAGAUGGAUAUUCACAUGAAAAGAUAG